AUGAUCACUCCAAUCAAACUAGCCUUUCUCUUCUUCUUAUCUCUCACCGCAACCGUAACCGCUGCACCCGCAGCCAAACGCAGGAACUAUCUUUUCACACCGCAUGCAAAAGCAGUCGCGGGAGUAUGCACCGUCGUCCUAACAAACACAAGUCUAUGCUGCAAAACACUCAAACACGUUCCUACCGAUGAUCCCAUCGAAUUGAUCAGAGCGUUAGCGGUUGCGACUGAAUCUUCCGUGAAAAGAAGUGUAACUUUCCUCUCCGAGAUCAAACCAAAACACAAAUCAGACGCAACCGCAGCUGCAGUUAUCAACAGCUGCGAGAAAAACUUGAAGUACGCGUUGGAAGAUUUCGCUGAGUUUUGGAAAGCAACCGGAAAAGAUGUAGCAACGUUGGCUUAUAACUAUUUCACGUGUAAGAAGACGUUGAUGUCAAUCAUGGGGUAUCACUGGACUUGUUUGGAUGAUACUGAUGAUAAGAAUCUGUUGAAAGAAGUGGAGACUGGGAUUAGUGUUGGGAAGAAUCUAAGCAGUAACACGUUUGAUGUGUUCAAUGAUUUGAAAACUAUUUUUAAGACCUUUGGUAUCAAGGUGAAGCUUAACGAGGAAGACACUUCGCCCCGACCACCACCAUUGUCGGAUUAUUACUAUUGA